AUGGGCACUGAUACUUUCCGAGCCAUAGUUGUUGGGUCUGGUCCUGUGGGAUUAGUGGCUGCCCAUGCCCUCUCUAAAGCUGGCAUAGAUUUUGUGGUGUUGGAACGUCGUCCAAGCGUCCUCGAAGAUGCUGGCGCCAGCAUUGUCUUGGAACCAAGAUCAAUACGCGUCCUCGCCCAACUUGGGUUGUUAGACCAACUACAGGCUGUUUCUACCAACUUCAUGGGUGUCGCCUGUAUAACACUAGAUAAACAUAGGUAUAAAGACUCAACGGCUCUUCGCCUGCAUAAAGAGAACCACGGUACCUUCGGUCACAUCUACCAUCGAGCUCAGCUACUACAGGUGCUCUACAAUGGAUUAGACACUUCUAGCAAAUCUCGAAUCUUUACCAGCAAAAAAGUUAUUAACAUCUCUUGUGAUGAUGAUGGCGUCCGUGUCCACUGUGCUGAUGGAACAUACUACGAUGGGUCUAUUGUGAUAGGUGCCGAUGGUGCGAACAGCAAAGUCCGACCUCUCAUGCGCACCCUCUCACUUGCGGUAACACCUACGGCGGACGCCAAUCCAGAAAAGCCAUUUCUUUACGAGUUUCGCACUAUGUGGUGUAAUUUUCCACUUCAUCCUAGCUUCACCCCCGGCAAAAGUGUCGAGGCGCACUCUAUGAAUACGUCCGUACAACUACUAGCCGGGCGUGAGCGCGCGUGGAUGUUUUUAUACGAACGCUUAGAGCAGCCAAAACGGGACAAGAAAUUCUAUUCUCAAGACGAGCUUGUGGAGUUCGCGGAACGCCUGGGAGACCUACCUCUUAACGAAGAAGUAAGGAUUAAAGAUAUGUUUCCGAAAAGGCACGGUGCUGGUAUGAUCGAGCUUGAAGAAGGUGUCUUGCAACAUUGGAGCUGGGGACGUGUAGUCCUUGCGGGUGAUGCGGCGUAUAAGUUAAUGCCGAAUAUCGGACAGGGCCUUAACAAUGGUAUUCAGGAUAUUGUCGUUCUCACCAACGGUUUGAAUGAUCUUUUAAAUCCAACAAAUGAGGGAGAUCCCGACAACAAACACGACAACCGGAAAAAGAGCCAGACCGAGAAAAGAGGAUUGUCCCAACCCAGUACGGAAGAGCUAUCGGCCGUGUUCAAGCGCUAUCAAGACACUCGUAUGGAAGUGGCCACAGCAGCUUUCGAUAUAUCGGCGCGCGCUGCUCGUCUUUCUGCUUGGACUAAUUAUAUCUAUUGGUUCUUUGACAGAUGGAUUCUGUCAAAACUACCACGGUGGGCCGAGAGGUUAAUGUUCAACCGGGGGCAAGGUCAUGUGAAUAGUCACGCACACAUCUUCACUUUCGUGAAAAGCAGAGAGCCAUUUAUCGGCAGGAUCCCUUGGGUCAAUCGUAUGCCUAACUGA